AGACCCGAUGAGCCAGCGUGGGUCGACGAAGACGAUGUUGGAUUGGAAGUAAAUUUGCUCGCAACGAGCCGAUUACGAAAGUUAAGGAAAAGUAAAGCAGAAGUAGCUGCUCUUGCCCUUUGCGGUACCGACCUUGAGGAGCGUUUAAGGCAGCGAUAUCAACGGACAACCCAAGCGACGGCUCGUACAGACUGGGCUCGUUUAAGUGAUAGUUCGACUUUGAUUGACAAAGACGCCGGCAAUAACGACGAGGACUCGGACUCGGACUUCAAGUCGUUAUCGACUUCUCUGUUGCUCCACUCGACCUCGACUAGACGCCUCCCUCCGAACACUUUAAAUCUUGUGCGUUGCCCUGACGCAAAUCAAUCCGACCCAAAUCAAUCAGUUCUCCAGGCGGUACAUUUCCACCCUGCAUCUGAUGCUGACCAACCACUCCUUUUAACUGCGGGUCUCGACAAAACGCUCCGAUUUUUUCAAGUGGGAGUAGACAAAAGUGAAAAAGUGCAUGGAAUUCAUUUCCCUAAACUCCCGAUUUAUAGUGCUUCUUUUUUGGGAUCGUCAGGUAAUGUUGUCGUGAGUGGGCGACGGUCGUUUUUCUAUAUUUACGACACUGUCGCAGGAAAGCUGGAACUCAUUCCCAAAAUUUUAGGAAGGGAAGAGCGAAGCUUGGAAAAAUGCUUUCCCUCUCCCGAUGGUCGUACUAUUGCCUUUGUUGGAAAUGAUGGAUACAUUAUUUUGUUUGAUGCACACGCUAAGCAAUGGAUUGCUGAUUUGAAGAUUAGCGGUAGCGUCAGAGCAAUUACGUUUACUCCUGAUGGUGAGUACAUUCUAGCCAGUGGAAGUGACGGAGAGAUCUAUCGAUGGGAUCUUCGAACGCGUCGAUGUGUUGAACGAUUCACAAACCAAGAUGGGACGAUCACAUCUUAUCUGGCAGCUUCCUCCCGUCAUCUAGCUGUGGGAGCUGAAAGUGGUGUUGUGAACAUGUUUUCGGAGCACAGCAUGGGAUACAGAGCGGUCGGCCAUGUCGUGGUGUCUGAACGCAAUCCAAUGAAGUCCAUAUUGAACCUCCACACGUCGGCUGAUAUGGUGCGGUUCAACGGCGAUGGACAAAUUCUAGCAUUUUCGUCUCGCCGUGAAAAAAAUAGCAUGAAGUUGCUUCAUGUACCGAGCGCCACUGUCUUCUCAAACUGGCCCACCUCUAAGACUCCAUUAGGUUUCGUUUGGUCAAUGGACUUUUCCCCAGAAAGCAAAUACCUUGCCGUGGGCAAUGACAAAGGAAAGUGCCUCUUAUACCGUCUCAUGCACUAUCAA